AUGGCGUCCAAGAUGGCGACCAAGCCUGUACAACCUAAUAUAGCUGGUUUCAUUUAUGAUAGAAUAUUUGUGAAAGUGGCUAAAUAUAUGUUUUUUGUGAACACAAAAGUUCACGAACUAACAUUCCAUGAUGAUAAAACUAUUCAGCAGCUGAAAGUAAAUAGCAAUUCCACAUUUGGUGACUUGGCAGGAACUGUGCCAAGGUUGAUAAUGAGACAGGUUCCCACGAGAUGUACAGCAUAUGUAUAUUGGGUGACUGGCACAUAUCCAGAAAUAUCAAUAAAGAAUCCUGAACGAGAAAAUCGAACUCAAUCAGCACACAGUCCCUCAAGGGACUGUGAUCAGCAGAAGGCGUUAUCACCAGAUAUGACGUCAACAAACGGCCAUACGUCACUUGAGAUGACAACAUAUCCAAUGAAUAAUUGUGAUGUUUCUGACACCGACGAAAAUGAUACGGAAAGUGGAGAAGAUUACGAAUUGGAACCAAUGCUGGCUAGACAGAUUUAUCGAAAAGGAGGUUCUGAAAAGCAUAGGCGUAAACGAAUUGCCAACUUUAUAGAACAACAUGGAAUACGAGACAAAACAAGGAAUCAAGAUACCCAGAAUACACAGUCAUUUGGAGACAUCAAAUUUGUUGGAUUUGGACCAAACAUUAAGAAGACACCGUAUAUUCGUGUUGAUAAUGACACACAACCAAACAUCAUCUGGAAUCUGCUAAUUAAUCAAUGGAAUAUGUAUAUCCCUAAAGUAUUGAUAUCAGUUACUGGUGGAACCAUUAAUUACCACUUUAAAUCCAGAUUAAAAACUUUAUUCAAGGAAGGGCUUAUUAAAGCUGCAGUCAGUACAGGUGUAUGGAUUAUUACACGUGGUAUAGAUGCUGGGGUCAGUAAAAUAGUCGGUGAGGCGAUCAAGGAGGUACACCAAGAUAUUGUUCUUCUGGGAAUGGAACCCUGGGAUAACGUGGACAACAAUGAAGCCCUACACGGGAAUUCGUCUGAAGGAAUGUGGCCUGCCAAAUAUGGUGCAAGCGAUCUAAGCAAUCAAAUGCCUGCAUUGGACUGUAACCAUACACAUUUCAUCUUAAUGGAUCAUGGCAGAGAAGAGCUCGGUUAUCAAAUCGAUGUCAGGGACAAUUUAGAACAAUUUAUCAGAGAUGGUGAAAAAGGAAAGAAAACAACUCAUAUACCUGUGGUGCUGGUUGUAAUAGGAGGGAAUACUGAAACCAUCGGAAAAGUAUAUAAAUCCUUAGUUCCCGUAAGUGGCAAACAAAUACCCGCGGUUGUCAUUUAUGGUAGUGGUGGGGCAGCUGAUCUUAUUGUGGAAGCAUUAAGAAUAACACACGGCAAACCAGAUGAACAAAUUAGGGAUAUAAUCAAAGAUCAUCUGACAGAAAACAUACAGAAAAUAUUUUUAAAACCAGUUACCGCUUUGGACGUUUCUGCUGUGAAUGAAUGCAUCGACACAUUGUCCGAGAUCGUCAAUUCACAAAACAGAUGUAUGAUCACAAUUUUUGAUAUGAAUUCACCAACAUCGACCAAAGACAUCGAUAAGGCUAUACUGUGUGGUUUAUUGAAAGAUAAACACGUGAGUGAAAAUAUCGACGCACAGCUGCAGUUAGCAAUGAGAUUGGACCGAUGUGACAUCGCAGAGGAGCAGAUAAUAACGUGCGGCAAACGAAAUUAUUGGAAGAACUUAAAUUUUGAAAAGCAUAUGGAGGAAGCCUUAAUUGAAAACAAAGUGGACUUUGUCAGCAUGUUUUUGGAGCAUGUAGUACAAUUAAAUAAAUUCCUGACAAUUUCCAGACUUCACGCUUUAUAUACGAAAGUAAUUAAAGCAGAGGCAAUUAAUGGCAGAUUAAGUACAAUACACAUUCUCAAACGCUUAUUGAGAGGCACAGAGGAGAAUGUGUACCUGCAGGCGAUCGGUCGACUGUGUCAACGAUUGCUAGAAGACGAAUAUGAACCUCUAUAUCAAGAUGACAAAUAUGUAGUUGAUUUAUCGUCAGACAACAGUGAACUUGGUUCUAGAGAUUUCAAACAUCCUAACAAGGACCUCUUAAUCUGGGCGGUAUUAACGAAUCGCAGAGAUAUGGCACAAUUAUUUUGGAGAAGAUUGACAAUUGGAAAUAUAGGUUCAGCAUUAAUCGCAGCUAGAUUAUUGGCAGCACUUGCCAAACAAGCCAAUAUUGAAGAGAGUAUGUUAACCCUUGAUCUAAAAGACCAUGCCAACACAUUUGUCGAGUUGGCCAUAAGAGUCAUUGACCAGUGUUACAAGGACGAUAAGCGAAUGGCACAGUUAGCAUUGGUCCGGAAAUUACGGUUAUGGGGAAACACAACUUGUUUAUCAAUUGCAUACUCUGGCCAACAACAAAAAUUUCUGGAGCACGAGUGCUGCCAAACAAAGAUAGAGCGUACAUGGAAAGGAAUGAUACAGAUGAACCUGUUUGAACAGAAAGUAAAGGUAUGCUGUGUGCAUCUAUAA